AAAAAAAAAAAAAAAUUAAUCCCCAAAGCCCAGACAUCGCUGGCGGAGGAGCCUCCAGAAUCGGAGAUUUGGCGACUUUUUGCAUUUUCCAGCCGUCGUUUCUUUCUGUUAUUAUUGUAAUUUUGUGUGAAAGGAAGUUAUGAACAACUGCAAGUCAGGAAGUGGAAAUCCACACUGGUUGUGACAAGCUGGGGCUAAAAACUAUUUCAUUAUUUAUAUAGAUGUGUCUAUCAACAUUCUGCUUUUCAUCCAAAGAAUAAAGGGAAAUACCGGCUAGUCCUAUGUUUGAUGGUGAAUGACAGACUGCAUCUGAGCAAAGGAAGGACUAAAUAUAUCAGCUAAGAACACCACCUUUAUUUAUUGAACUCAAGAGACUUUUUUUUAACCCAAAGACUGUUUGAGGAAGAGAUUUAAUGGGUCAUUAAAAGGGGAAAAAAAUUUUAAAGGCCCUUUUGCUUCCGAAGCGCAGCUAACCUCAGAAAUAGAAGCAGUACUUGUAAGACAGAUAUUCGAAUUAAGGCUUUACGUGAUGCAUUUUCUAUCCUAUGGAUAUCAGUUUUGAAAUUACAAACCAAGAAGAUCUGUAAUUGAUCUAGCACCAGACAAUUUCAAUGCCUAAUAUUCCCCAGGAUUGCUGGAGUACCCUAGGAGCUGCGUCAGACUGUACUCGGGGUAUGCCAUGGGCUGUAUUCAGAGUAUUAGCUGCAAAUCCAAAGUUUUCCGGGAGAGCAUUUCAGUGGUUGAAGUGAAAGCCUCCAUUGAUCCCAUUCCCACCAGCAUUGACGAGUCCUCCAGCGUGGUGCUGCGCUACCGCACCCCUCACUUCCGAGCCUCUGCCCAGGUGUUGGUGCCCCCUCUCCCCAAGAAGGAGACCUGGAUCGUGGGCUGGAUCCAGGCUUGCAGCCACAUGGAAUUCUACAAUCACUACGGGGACCAGGGGAUGUCAAGUUGGGAGCUUCCAGAUCUACUGGACGGUAAAAUCCAGGCCAUCAGCGACUCAGACGGAGUGAACUAUCCCUGGUAUGGGAACACCACAGAAACCUGCACCAUCGUGGGUCCCACCAAGAAGGAGUCCAAGUUCAACAUCAGCAUGAACGACAACUUCUACCCCAGCGUGACGUGGGCCGUGCCCGUCAGCGACAGCAACGUGGCCAAGCUCACCAGCAUCCACCGGGAUCAGAGCUUCACCACCUGGCUGGUGGCAACCAACACGGCCACCAACGAGAUGGUGACCCUGCAGACUAUCAAAUGGCGCAUGAGGCUGGGCAUCGAGGUGAACCCCAGCAGGCCCCUGGGGCAGCGUGCCAAGCUGCAGGAGCCCUCUGCCCAAGAGCAGCCCCAGGUCCUCAGCAAGAAUGAGCCAAUACCACCCAGUGCCCUUGUCAAACCCAAUGCCAAUGAUGCUCAGGUACUCAUGUGGAGGCCAAAGGAUGGACCACCACUCGUGGUGAUACCCCCAAAACAUCGAUAAUGCACGCCUGGCGUCCCGGCACCGAGAGGGAGAAAAUAAACCCGAAGCAAAACAAUCACUUAGGUAUUAGGAUACACACCUAUAAUCUGAGCAAAAUCUAAAUGCACUUUUUAUUCAUUCAACAAAUGCAACCAUUCUACCUUCUCCCAUUGGGACGGAUUUCACUGUGCUAAAGCUAAAGAGGAGACCUUGGACUGGGUCUGUCUCAUCACUGGAUUCCUAAGGGAAGAAACUAACACUGAUGUCUACCCUAUAGCUUU